AGCGGCUUUGCCUCGCACCUCUCACAAGUCACGCGCGGCUUUUGACGCCAUGGCUGCCGCCAGUUCCUUUCAAAAGAUGAAGGCGAGGAUUGAGCUGAUUCAUUGGGUGGAUGUGUUUCACAACAUGGAGCCGGAGCGCGCUCCAUCCAAGAUCGGCUGUUGCUUGACGAUGCUCAUGGUGCCCGUGAUCCUGAUCUAUGCCGUUGUUUGGUUUGCAGAGCAUCAGCGCAUGCCCCCCACCGAGACGCUGGUCAUCGACUGGUCGGUUGCCUACGGCCCCUUCCCCAUGAAAGUGCAGUGCAUCGAGGCGAGCUGCUGGCUGUGGUUGUCUGGGUGCCAAAGUGGAAGCAGCGGCCAGUGCCUGGCGUUGCAGUCGGGGGAGGAGCGCGAGCUGGAGAUGUGCUUCUCCCACGGUGCCCGAGAAGGUCUCCAUGCCUGGUGGUCUGGUGGCAACAGCUCUGGCGUCAAGAUCUGGUCACAGGCGUUGUCCAUGCAAAUGAAUCAGAUGGUUGAGGCUGGCCGGUCAUCCAUGACGUACGUGAAGACGCAGGACUUGACGCAAGAGGAGGGCAGUUACAAGCACCUGCGCCACGAGUGGUUCGUGAACUUCCUCUCCACGGAGGCCCUGGAGCCCCAGCACAGCGGCUGCCAGGCGCAUAGGGCAGGCGCGCAGUUGGCGCAAAUCGUCAUGCAGCCAGAGUUCUAUGACAAGAAGUUGGAGAAGAUGGAUUUCCUGGUGUCGCUCAUCGGUGAGGUAGGUGGAGCCUAUGGCAUCGCCUUCACCGCCUUCUUUUCACUUUACGUCCUUGUGUGGAACUUGGAGAACGUGUACUGGAAGCGCGCGCCGGAAGCACAGGUGGCACAGGUCCCCACCCCUGUCGCUCCAGCCGGCAAAGUUGCCGAGGAGGACGAUGUUGAAAGGGCGGUGCUGUAGACAGAGUUGACGAAUGCUGCGCAGAUCAUAUACCAACCCAUCCCUAAAGGAAUGGAUGCCGGCCAACGCUUGAAAGAUUGGCCGCAGGUCGAGAUCAUUUUUCCGUUUGAAGCGCGCGAUCGAGGUUCGGGGGACUCAUGACCCCUGGAUGUCCUCUUGGGUGUUUUUUACCGGGCGAUUCCGGCGCUGCGAAGCAGUGACACAAUAAUUCAUGGUGUGGCUAGCGGCAUACAGCUACUGCACGCUUGCGAGGUUUUUUUCUCGCUCAAACUCCGGGUUCGCCAUGGUUGC